UUCUCUUAUAUGUACUGUGUCUGACUCGACCUGCAAAUCAAAAGCGCCUUUCACUUCCUCGCUCGUCUUUCUAUAUCUAUCUCAAACCCUAACGAUCUUCGUCCCUAAGUUUUUCUCUCCCUGUAGAAUCAUCUAUCAUGACUGGAGGAGAGUCUGCAAAAGUAAACAUAACUUGCAAUGACUCAGUUGUUGAAAUCCUUGAUCCUUGUUCACUAGCUAAAGUAUCCAGAAAGAUUUCAGAAAUUGUUAAGAAAUCAUCCGAUUCCAAAAUCUUUUGUACUCUGGAUGUCUCUAGUGAAAUCAUGAGGAAGCUUGUUACCUAUUGCGUGAAGCGCAACUAUCAACCCGAAUCUGAUCCCGACAAACCCUUCUCCACUGAGGAUGAGAAGUGGAUCCGCGAGGAAUUCAGCAAAGAAGAAGAAGAUCCUAAGAAGCUCUUCGACCUUUACAAGGCUUCGGAGUACCUUCGAUUUCUACACCUAAGUGCUCUGAUCAGAAGGAUGGGGAUGAAGAACAGUAUAUUCUUUGAUCUUAUUCACGAUCAUUCAGAACAGAAUAUUAAGAAAGGAGGAAUUCCGGAAUUAAUGGCCGAGACAUAUCGAAGCGACCUACAGAAAGCCAAAGCAAAGGAAGAAAACCUUGCUAAAAAGGCUCGUAACGAUGCCAAAGUGGCUCGUAACGAGAAAAGGGCGGAGGUGAAGCUUCGUAACAAGAAGCACCUGAAACAAAUUAAGCCUUUCCUUGAGCGCUUGAUCCCCAAGCUUGACGAUCAGAGCUAUAUGGGUUUUGCCUUAGCUUCCAAGGCGUGUUCUCCUUUGGCCAGUGACAUUCAAGCGCGUAGGUGUCUCCCUCUUCCGGAAACCGGGUCCAGGGGUAUAGAAUUUACAACGUCCGAUAAAAAGACUUGUUCGCCCAACAAAGAGGUAAUUGCUUUGAGUGGGUAUCUCAGAGCCACUCUACUCCUUAAAAGUGAGCAAGUUGAGGCGGGAUCUCCCGUGAAGUUUAAGGUUCCUUUCACAAUGGCAAUCUUCAGAAGGAUCACCAGAUUCUGCACGUUGCACGCCAAAGCAACCAAUCCUUCCGAGAAAUGGUUUGCUGAAGUUUUCUUAAAAAAGGAGGAUGAUUCCAAGAGCCUCUUGGAUCUUGGCGAGGCCGCUCUGUACUUGAAUAUCCGCAUCCUUGUUGAUUUGAUAGCAUCGACUGUUGUGAAGAAUAUCAACAGCAAAAAGGUCUCUGAGAUGCGUGCUACUCUUCACAUCGAGAACGACUUCACCGAUUCAACUUUUGAAGAAUUGGAGAGGCGACGGACACAUGGUGACUGGUUUUUUGCUGCUGAUCCACUUCCAUUUACACCCUGAUAGGAAGAAUCAAAGGGGAGUUGGUGACUUAAAAAAAUGACUAUCUAGUGUGAACACGAUUAAUAUCUUCUUUGUUGUUUUGAAUUGCUUGUUUUCAUUCUGCAUAUUAUUUCUUUUCAAGGUACGUACGUUGCUGUCUUUAAAAAAAAAAAAUUAUUUUAGUGAAUGGUGGCGUGAAGCCGUGAAGACUUAAUAUUUUCUUUGUUCUUGUUUGUUUCGAAUUUGAAUUCCAAAAUUUACAAUCCCACACGAUUUUUUACACCA